AUGGAAGACCGCCAAACCAAAAUUGACUAUAUUUCUCAGGUCAUAGCCUCAAUAGACUGCCCACCUAUAGGAAACCUAGAAAAUCUAUCCCAAGAAAACCAAGAGCAAACCAUAAAAUGCUUGCUUGAGAUUAUUUCAAGGUUCCAAAGAGAACAAUACGCCAGACAAGAAACUACAAAUAAACUGUUUGAUACCCAAAAUGAAUUAAAAGAAGCGUCACGUGAAAUAGACAGAUUAACUGACACAAAAUACGACUUAGAAAAUGAAAUUUCAAGACUCCAAAAUAGUUUGACUACAAAUAAUUUAAAAUUCAAACAAGAGAGAGACAAAUUAACACAAGAAAGAGAAGAUCUCAGAAAAGAAAAUGCCAAAUUAAACUCUAGGGAUGUGCAGUUCCAACACGAAAUAAAAAAACAAGAAGCUGCUUAUGCAAGACUCCAAGAUCAGCUGAGAAAAGCCAUCAGUGAUAGGGAGCCUGUUAAAAAUUCAAUUGAAGUUGUGCAAAAUAUUCAUACUAAUGGAAUUAAUUUGGAAUCAGCGAAAGGGGAUAGGGAAUUUUUAUAUUUUAUUCAGAGAGGAUAUGAACGAUCAAUGGACCAAGCUGGAAAACUUGUGGAGGUGCUAAUCAGUAAUUUGAAUGACUGUUUUAAAGAAAUGAGCAAAGUCAUUGAAUUUAAAACGAAAGAAAGGGUGAACUGGAAACCUAUUGGCAUUGAAGAAGAUGCAAAAGAAAUAGAAAAUACUGCGAAAGAGAGAAUUAAUUUGAUGAAGCAGGCUACAGAGGACAUGGAGCAGCUAAAAGAUGAUGACGAUUUUCCAUCUUAUACUGUUCCGCAGCUAAAACAGCUUUUAAGCAUUUAUAAGGAGACUAUUGAACAACAUCAAAAAUUGCUGACUCAGAUGCAAGAAAACUAA